UAGACAUAUUAGAUGUAAGAUUUUAGGGUCACAAGGAACAAGUUGCGUCCAAACUUUUGACUGCUUGUGCUUGCAUGUCUAAUGAUGGUUUGAAAGAAAGCUUCCAGCCCAGGAGUAAAGGCAAUCCUAAACAAAGCUUACGAGUUUAGAAAGAUUCUGAUGACACAGCACGUUGAAAUCUCCAGUCAAGUUGAUUUUCCCUCCACUUUACUCAAGCAAUGAAAGAAACAUUUAAAUCAGAAGCCACACCUGCCGCCCGCCGCGAGCCAAUGAUCCGCAGCCCGGAGCUGAGGAACAACACACCCACCUUUGCUCUCAGCCAAUGGGAAUGUAAAGGUCAGGAGGGGGGAAACUUGCCCCGGGAUCAAUUUGUCUCGCAUCAGUGACCUUCUGCAAAUGUGUGGAGGAAUUUGGCCAGCUCUCCUCUGACUUUCAGGUGUUGUUAGUAUGGGAAGUCGACAACAAUGGCUCACAAGACUGAAGAAUGAGCUGAGCAACAGUCCUCUGGUGUCCAACGUGGCCUUCGGCUUCAUCCUGAUGGGACUGGAGAAGCUGGUGGAGCUGGAGUUUGAGUGUCCGUGCAAUCCGGCCUGGAACGGGCUGUUUUCCUCCGCGUUCUUCAUCAUUCCCGCCGUCAUGGCCUUCGCGCUCAUGAUGAUCAUUCAGGGAUGCAGGUGUGACGCCUGGUGCAGGAGGACCGUGUCCCUGUCCAGCUUCGUUCCCGCCGUGGUCUGGCUGAUCCUGCUCUUCCUGGACGGUCAGUAUUUCGCCUGCGCGAUGACAGACUGGCACGGCCGGUUCGUGAUCGUGGACAAAGCCGCUCCACAGAAAUGGUGCGAACCCAUUCAAGAGGAGAGCGUUACUCCUCAGGAACUCAUGCUGCGCUCACAGCGACUGUUUGUGGAGUCUCAGGUGAUCGGCAUAGUGCUGCUCAUUUUUAUCUGUUUGGGACUGGUCGUGUAUGUAAUCAGAGAAAGCUGCAAGCAGGAGCCGGAAACUCAAGAUGCCAAUGUAGCAGAGAUGACGCUCUACAGCUCCAGCUGAUAGACACUCUUCCUCAGCCGAUACAGUACAGUGUUCAUGUACAGCACACAAGAAUAACAUCUCAUCUCAUCUCAUCUCAUCUCAUCACCCUCAUGUUGUUCCAGACGUGUAUGAUCUUCUUUCUUCUGUGGAAGAAUGAAGGACCAAUUCUGAAGCCGGUGCUUUAGCUGAGUAAAUGUGGACUGAAACUUUCCCCAAAACUCGUCUGAAUGAUUAACCCAUGAAUCAGUUCUGAUCGCAAACGUUAACAGAAGGGUAAAAUUGUCAGUGCGUAAUGAUGA